UCUCACCAACGACGCUGAAAUAAAAUUAAACAAAGUGUUUUCUUUUGAAAAGACUUACCGACCUUCAAGUUUCAUGGAGGAUAAAUCUAUCUGCCAAACUACAACGAUGGAUGUGUUACCUGACAAACCCAACACAACUUCACUUCAGAAUACUGAGUGGCUUGUUCUAUUAAUUUUGGGUGCAUCUCAACGAGGAGAUGUGAGUUUGAUCAAAAGUUUUGAAGCUGAUGAGACAAACUUAAAAGAAAUGUUUAGAAGUUUUGGUCUUACAUUAAUUGUUUGUAAGGAAUUUACGGCAAGUGAAAUAAUUAAUACCAUCGACGAUAUAUUGACACAAAAUGAGAGCAUUCGUGAAAACUUCUUACUUAUCUUCAUUGGUUACGGAGACAGGUAUGGAAUAAGAGACUGCCACUUUCAGUUUAUCGAUUUUCAAGUAAUCAUAAAUGCAGUCACAGAGAGGGAAAAACUAAAAGGAAAAAAUAAACUCUUCAUGAUGGACACAAUUCUUCCCGCUGAUUUAUUUGAGCACAGAAAAAAAGAAGAAAUAUAUGGGCAAGAAUCGGAUACUUUGAUCGCAAUUGCAUCGAUACCAGAGAGUAUUUCUGUCAGAGGGAGCGAAGGAACGUUACCAGUUAUUAAAACCAGCGAGAUAUUUCGAAAACACUUUAGAGAAGAGGAUGUAUCGUCCAUGAUGCUUAGAGUCAACUAUGAAAUGCGUGAUAUCUGUAAAAAUGAAGGAUACCUUGAAUCGCCUGGUGAAUUGCUCUUGUUGCUAUCGAGAUUAGUAAAAUUGUCUAUAGGAUAAUUAACUUGUUGGUAUAUUAUUCAUAGAAAUUUGGCUAUGUGUGUUCUGCUACAAUUAAGAUUACUCAAGCUAUAUGUUUUUCGUCUACUUCUAUAUGAUUACAUACAAGCAGUAACAUAAUUAUGUUUUUUUAUUUGAGGCUAAACAGCAAGAAUUUUAAAUUAUGAAAUUAAUCAAUGCAUUAUUCUAUUAGGAGCAAAAUUUUGACAAAUUAAUGUCAAAAUUAGCGAUGGUUAUUUUGAAUUUUUUUGGCUUGCAUUAGGGUGACUGGAGUUUUACAUUCUACGGUAUUUUUUUUCGUCUGUUUAAGGAAUUGGUGAUUCCUAAAUUACAAUACUCUUAGUGCGUGACAAAUAUCCACCAUUGAUUAUUCAGUAUUGCAA